CUUUCUUUUUUAUAUAAAUCAUAUGAAAUUCGGCUUAAAUCUUCAAAAGAAAAAACCUGUUCAUCCUACGCCCAGACUCGAUCGUUCUAGUGCAUUUGGAGGUGACAGCGAUGACGAGCAAGAUCCUCAAGAUCAAAAGCAGGCAGGUCAGAAAGCCAAAGCACAAGUCAACAGACAACUGGCAUCGUACAAGACAACAACUAAAAAACUACAAGAACUUCAUACUAAAGCACUUGAAGAAGAUCCCAAUAUUUUUGAUUAUGAUGCUGUCUAUGAUGAUCUAAAAGAAGUAGAGAGGAAACAAAAGGAAGCUACCAAGGGUCCACAGGAAAAGAAGGCAAGAUAUAUUAAAGGGUUAUUAGAGAUGGCAGAAAUCAGAAAGAGAGAUCGUCUCCUCGCCGAAGAGAAGAAGUUUGCAAGAGAGAGAGAAGCAGAAGGCGAAGAAUUUGCAGAUAAAGAAGUGUUUAUUACAGAAUCGUUCAAGAAACAAAAGGAGGAAUUAGAAAGAAUUGAACGAGAAGAAAGAGAGAGAGAAGAAAAGGCAGCAAAAAGUAAAACGAUGGAUUCAUUUUAUAAGCAAGUGUUGGAACGAAAAGAGGCAGAGCACCAGGCGAUGCUAAAGGCCCUUGCUGAAGAAAAAGAUAGGAAAAAGGCAGCGAUUGUCAAUGCCGAGAAGGAAAAGGGAGAUGAUAUGGCACUGGCCGAGUUGGCUGCAAAGGAAGGCAAACAGGUGAUACUGAACGAUAAUAACGAAAUUGUCGAUAAACGCCAGCUCCUUGGUGCUGGUUUAAACGUGAAACCUAAAUUUGGUACAUUUGCAUCACUAGCAGCGUCAGAUGAGCGCAUUAAGGAACGUAUAUCCGAAUAUGAAGAAUACAAACGAAAGAAGUUGGAAGAAUAUGAAGCCAAGAGGAGAGGAGGUAAUAGCGAAGAACGUGAACGUCUGAGCAAAGAAGUAGAAAGACAAAUGAUGGAAGUCAAGAGAAGAGAACAAGAAGAAGAGGAGAGAAAGCAAAAGGAGCUUGAACAAAAACUAGCAGUCAAGCGUACGACAGAAGACGUAGUGAUGAGUGCAAGGGAGCGUUAUUUAGCAAGAAAAAAACAAAAGAUGGAAGAGGAAAAAAAGAAUCAAUAA